GACCACGAGCAGUUUCUUUCGUGGCUUUUAGCAUUAGCGAGCAGUGUGAUGUUGUCUCUCUCACUCUCUCAUCGAGAGCUGCGACUGUCGGAUUUAGGCGGUGCAUCGCCUCCUGUCCAACACGCUCUUCAUUCAGUUCCCAGCGAGAGCCCAACCGAAACGUUACGGGUUGCGGAGAGGCUGUAGAACUGCUGCGCCUUCUGAAACAGAGCUGCGACGGUUGGAUUCAGGCGGUAUUUCGGCUCCUGCCCAGCACGCUCUUCAGUCAGUUCCCAGCGAGAGCCCAACCGAAACGCGACGGGCUGCGGCGAAGCCAACUGCUGCACCUUCUCAAACCUCACGGCCCAUUGGCUCACUCCACCAUGGACGUCCUCAUCGUCCUGCUCGGUGGGUUCCUCCUCCUGAUCCUGACCACGCUCGCCCUCAAGAGGAAGGCCUUCGUCGACAAGAUCAACGCCUUGCCGGGGCCGCCCAGCGUGCCAAUCCUCGGCCACCUCCUGUACAUCACCAAGCACAACUUUGAAGCGCUGGCCGCCGCAAUAGAGCAGCAGACGAAAUAUCCAAACGGUUUUAAGUUUUGGAUGUUCUGCUUCCCGUACGUGUUCCUCAACACUGUGGAAAGCGUCGAGGCCGUGCUGUCGAGCGUGCACCACAUCGACAAGAGCCCCGACUACUCCACGCUGCACCCGUGGCUUAGGUUCGGACUGCUGACCAGCACGGGCGCGAAGUGGCACGCGCGCCGGCGCCUGCUGACGCCCACCUUCCACUUCCGGAUACUGGACCAGUUCCUUCCGGCUGUAAAUGAAUAUGACUUAAAACUAUUUUAUCACCCCUCAGGCCAGAAGUUCGCCAUGAUGGAGAUGAAGUGCAUUAUCGCGCACAUGCUCAUAAAGUUACGCUUCCUCGAGGCGUAUCCAGGAUACAAACCCGAGUUAACCGGCGAACUCAUCCUCAAAUCCAAAAACGAGCAAGUUCUCUUGCGCGUCGAGCAGCGACACUGA